AUGGCAGAUCUCGAUGCCAUCGCGCUGGAGGGCGCCUCGACAUUUCUCAGGCUACUUGUCCACGCAUUGAAUGUGGUUCUCGACCCUGGCUCUUACGAUGGCGAGCUAGCCUUCCAUCGCAUAUCGCCUUUCGAGUGUCUGUAUGACCUGACAGCCAGAGUGGUCGAUAUUAUACAUUUUCUGCUGUACAAUGGUCACGAUCUUGACAGUGGACUCGUGUUAUUUGUUGCAGAAGAAUAUCUGCCUUUGCGACUGGCAUUGAACAUCCCCAGUAUCUACCACGCAUACAGAAUUUUUCGACUCCAGGACGCAUACUGGACCAAGGUCUUUGUCGCAUCGUAUCUACUCUGCUGGUUGUUUGCAAAACUUUAUCCCAUGCGCUUGCAGCAGUCAACAGGAACUGAAAGCGACCGCGUUCGCAGGAAAAUCACCAACCCUCUAUUUUUCGCUCUUUCGCACAGUCUCGCGUGCUUUGCUGUAUUUAGCGAUCAAUUGGAAGCUGCACUCUGGUCAUGGCUCGGCGUCAUGGUCAUCACAGGCUUCACGCUUGCCAUCUCGCCGACACCACCUCGAAUCAAUCCUCAGAGAAACUCAGAGUUCGAAACUAAUCUUCAAGUCUGUUGUCAUCUUGCCUGCCUUGCAGUUUGUUGGCUAUUUGGGUUCUCGCACAUCUCAUUAGGCCUCAAGGUCACGGAUCAGAACUGGCGCGACAGCCGAGGGCUCAUGGUGAUGACGAUACUGCAAUUCGAUGCGGCCAUGGUCUUUCUCGUUGCAGCAAGGGCAGAGCGAUGGUCAGUCCUGAGGUUUGGGCUCGUGGGCGCAAGUCUGGUCGGAAUGGCAUAUGUUCAUUACAUUGAAAUGUAUGCUUUGAUUGAAGGCACGGAAGCGUUGCUGAGUUGA